UGCUGAACAGCUAUUUUAGAUCCAUUUGACAGGGUUUGUAGUUUUUCUGUUGUACUGACAUUUGUUGAUUCAGACUGCAAACACCCUCCUAUCCGCAUGAUUUACAGCUAACUUCUCUUUUUACAGGAAAGGAACUUUUAUUUCAACAUGAGAAUGUCCUAAUCUGUGUAAGAGUGACAUCUUUGAAUGGAAGUUAUUGUAGCAUUAAUAUGAUGACGAUAUGCCUGUGACGUGUAACCCUGUAGGAGGGGAUGCACAGUCUUUAAAUACUGAACCAUAGCUCUUACUUUCAGUUAUCUCUCAAAUGUGCUGCAGUAGCAGCACUCAGAGUAGGCAGUUCAAGGGCAUUUCUGUGCGCUCUAGUUUGACAGAUACUAUGGUUGUGCUCAAGUAUUUCCUAGUGAACUGCCUCUUCACUUGUGUGGGUCAGUUCUUCUCGCUGUUGGAUAUAGUGCUGGAUAUAUACACCGCUGUGUCUUUCUACCAGGAGAAGGCCUACAUAUGUCUCGGUAUCCUGCUGCUGAUUCUGGUGGGCUCAUCAGUUCUUGUGCAGAUCUUCAGCUGGCUGUUUUAUAGUUAUGAGGACUGUGAGAGGUGCCUGAGCCGGAGCAAGCUCAAGCUGCUACAUGCGUUCCAGCUGGGGAUCUUCUUCAGGUGGUAUGAAUCUUUGUGUGUUAAAAUAGGCUGUUUUUCCUUCCCUGACCGGGAGGAUAUCGCUGAGUACCUGAGCCACGACCUCAGCUUGCUGCGGCUCAUAGAGACGUUCUCAGAGAGCAUCCCUCAACUCGUCCUCAUGCUCACCAUCAUCUUGCAGCGGGGUCAUCUGAACCCUAUAACAGUGUUGAAGGCAGUGUGGUCGGCCUUACUCAUCACCGUCAGUGUGACCAUGUACCACCGCUCCAUGCGCUCCUUCCUGCCAGACAAGAAAAAGCAGCCGCCGUCUUCAUCGGUGGUCUAUUUCCUCUGGAACCUCUUCCUCAUCUCAUCUCGCCUCACCGCUCUCGCCCUGUUCGCCUCCGUUCUGCCCUGCUUCAUCUUCAUCCACUUUGUUUGCUCCUGGCUGGUUUUAUUCUUCUUCGCCUGGAGAUCCAAGACCGACUUCAUGGAGAAACCUUGUGGAGAGUGGUUUUACCGGGCCACAGUGGGCCUCAUCUGGUACUUUGACUGGUUCAACGCGGUCGAGGGGAGGACGAGGUACAGGACUCUGCUCUACCACGGGUACAUACUGGCUGAUAUUGUCCUCCUCUGCAGCUUGUGGUGCUGGAAGAUGAGCACAGAACCACCUUCUUUUGAAAUCCCACAGUUGUACGCUAUAAUCACUGCUGCCUGUGUUGUUUCAGUUUACAUUCUUGGUCUCUUAUUUAAAAUAGUAUAUUAUCAGUUCUACCAUCCAAACCUUGCCAAAGACGAGUUAAAAGGGGGCCCUACUGGAGAUGUGGUGGAUGGGGACAUCAAUCCUCAGGCUAUAAUACUGAUGGGAGACGCAGACGUGGAUGUUACAGUUCGCAGCAUGCCCAGCUCACCAGCACCUGAUGUUAAACACUACAAUAAAAGAAUGAGGAAGUUGGCCGAGAACUUCUACGCCUCCUGACCUGCAUCACUUGACAUCCACCGGACACCGAGGUUAGACAGAGACUAAGUCAUGCAAAUGUCAGUCAAGCAGACAACGAAGAUCACGGGCUGUGUGGGAUCGUGGGCUAUGACUUGAUCCCUGAUUAACCACAAUGUCGUGGGAGACAACUUCAGUUCAAAUCGAGAAUGCUGUUCUUGUUCUUGUGAACCCUCUCUGAACCGUAUCAACUGCUGCUGCCGUCUACCAAAGCACAUAAAACUGCCAAUCAUUAUUUAUCAUUAUUAUUUAUCAUGUGUCAUUAUUAACUGAUUUCCAUGUUAAAGGAUGGAUUCACAUUUUGUCAAGUCUGCCUUAAAAUAAUACUGACAUGCCCAUAUGUGCACUGAAAGAAUUAUUGGUCGCUGUAAUUGUUCCUCAAAACGAUUAAUCGAUUAUCAAAAUAGUUGUGGAUUAAUUUAAUAGUUGGCAACUAACUGAUUAAUGGACUAAUCGUUCCCUUACAGCUCUAGUUAUAAUGGCUGAAGAAAGAGAGAAGAGGUCUCCCUCUAAUGCUGUUGGACAAAUAGCAGCGAAAAGAAAAAACAUAACUUUACCCCUUUGUUGAUUCCUUUUCCCACUCUAAUAACUUUCACAAAGUCCCUAAACAAAACUAAUAUGAGGCUUCAGCAGUCUGAGUCAAAGUGGGAAAAUUUAGUCUUAUUAGUAUGAAUUUC